CACAAUCUCUUCCUGUAUUGACUAUCAAGUGAGCUAGAUUUUAAUCUUCGGUGACAAUGUAGUAUUGCAAACGUUUGAGAUAAGACAUUUGAAGUCACUACUUAUUAAUGAUAUGAAGUCGAUAAUAGUUUUGAUGACAGUGGUUAGCUGCAUGUGUAUCAAGGAAACCAAAGCAAAUGACGAAUAUCGGGUAUACCUUACAACCGGGGACCAAUCAAAGAAACUUUCCCGGGAAGCUCCAUGCCAAGUUUCAUCAUCACAUAAUGGUUACAGUGUUUGGGUUGACAGGACGAAAAGGAGACAAACAAUAGAGGGGUUUGGCGCUGCGCUCACUAAUUCUGCUGCUUAUGUAAUUUAUCACAGUUCCGUUCGACAUCAAAUAUUGCGAGAUUUAUUCGGAAGCGGGGAAAAUGAACUUGGUGUAAGUUAUUUGCGGCUACCUAUGGGAUGUUCUGAUUUAAAUGCUGUUGUACCUUACACGUAUAAUGAUAUUCCGAGUGGACAAACGGAUUUCAAUCUUAAUCAGUUCAGCAUCAACAAAGAUCGUGCAUUUGUUAUACCAGUUAUAAAAGAAGCCUUAUCGAUCAACCCGAACUUAAAAAUCAUGGCCACUCCUUGGUCAGCUCCAGCUUGGAUGAAGAACAAUCGUAAUCUAAAUGGCGGAGACUUUAUUGAUAGUUGGAACUACUGGCAUACAUAUGCUCAAUAUUUUUGUAAAGUUCAUUGAAGCUUACAGAUCAGAAGGUAUACAUAUUGAAUCACUUACUGUUCAAAAUGAGCCACUGCUGUCACGUGAUGACUACCCGACAAUGAAAAUGAGCGCUGACCAACAGAAGGCUUUUAUCAGAGAUCAUUUAGGACCGUUGUUUAAACAACGUAACAUUCACACCAAAAUUCUUGCCUUCGAUCACAACUGGUCUGAUUCAUGGUACCCAGAGCAAGUUGUAAGCGACGGCAAUGCAAAGCAGUAUAUUUCUGGGGUAGCCUGGCACGGAUAUUCUGGAAGACACGACACACCGAGUGCAUUUCAUGUAAAAUUUUCAGAUGUUGAUAAUUAUUUCACGGAGAUAUCUGGUGGAUCAUGGGAUACAAAUUUUGCUAGUAUUCUGACUUGGGAUAUGAGAAUAAUAUUUAUUGGGUCAAACAAGGAACUGGGCAAAAACUGCACUCCUAUGGAGCAUUGCCCUUGA